CAGGAAAUCACCAUCCCAAGCCUUAUUGACUACCAAAAGUGGUGUGGAGUUGUAAAAGCGCGCCGUGGUGGGAGAUGGUUUUGAACUUGCAGUUUUCUCCGGGGACUUUCAUCAAACACCUCACGUCCCGAAAAUUCACAACACACUGUUUGCACAAAUCCUCCACACCCUCCCUCUCCCACUUCGGAACCCUAACCUCUCGCCAGAAAGACCAGAUUCAUCUCUACGUCGACGCUCUUCUUCAAUGGAACAAGCGUAUGAAUCUGACAGCAGUUCGAGAAGUGAACCAAGUCAUGGAAAGGCACGUGGAGGAUUCGCUUGCGAUUUUACCUCCGUUGAGCGACUGUUACCGCGCGCACUGCGGUGGUUCUGGCGAUAAGCUCAGCCUUGUUGAUGUCGGAACCGGCGCGGGCCUCCCCGGAGUAGUUUUGGCCAUAGCUCGUCCAGAAUGGGAUGUGACGCUGCUCGAGUCUAUGAACAAGCGAUGCGUCUUCUUGGAGCAUGUUGUUAGUGUUGUAGGUUCCUCCAACAUUCAAGUUGUAAGAGGAAGAGCUGAGAGUUUGGGGCAGAAUCCUCGCUUCAGAGAGCAAUUUGACGUAGCGGUAGCCAGGGCAGUUGCAGAGAUGAGAAUAUUAGCUGAGUAUUGUGUUCCAUUUGUUCGAGUGGGUGGGUUGUUUGUUGCUGCCAAGGGUCAUGAUCCUGAGGAUGAAGUUAAGAAAGCUGAAAGCGCCAUCCAGAAGCUGGGUGCAUCUCUAUUGCAAGUACAAUCAGUGGAAUCGCAAAGCCCAUAUGGUCAGCGAACUGCUGUCAUAUGUCUAAAGGAUCAUCCCACACCGAUGAAAUAUCCCCGUGAUCCAGGUACACCAGCUAAAGAACCGUUGUAAGUUAGAUGCUCAUUCUGUUGGCUGUAUUUUAUCAUUCUUUAUCCUCAAUCCUCCCAUCUAUCUUUACCAAUGUCUGAGAAGACCCUAUAUAGAACAAGCUUUUGUAAGUACCUGCUGUUAUGACUGUAAAAUUUAUCUUCCUGUAAUGUUACUGUACAUGCAUAUAGACAAAGCUUUACAAUAUGUAAUGCAUCUCUCUCUCUCUCUCUC